AUGAACUCUCGCACAAUCAAGCAUGAAGUGCCUCGAAUUAUGUCCAUGCAGUGCACCGAGCUUAAGCUCGUUGCCAAACCGGGUACCCAUCUAGUUCUGGAAGACCGUAAGAAGGACAAACCCAAGACGCCACACCGACCAAGCAACCAGAAUGUCGUCGUUUUCUUCAAAUACAUGGCCGUAUACAACCAGCUCAGGCCGUCUUUGAUACCGCCCGACGACGCCCCCGGCCGCGUCCAUCCGUGGCUCGUGGAGCCCGGCCUGCACUCGAUGGAAGUUUACCUCGACAUCCUCAAGCCCUGGCCUGCGCAGCCGCUGCGCCGCUACAUGUGCCGGGUCAGGCACGUCCUGCGCAUGAAGGAUCCUGAGUACAACACAGUCGGACCCCGCCCCCGCCGGGUGGAUUGCACCCGGUGGGAGCCGCGCGACGUGUGCUUCACGCUGCUGUCGUACGCGGAGCACCACGCCGUGAGCAGCGAGUUUCGGCUGCUCGGCCUGCAGCCAGGUGCAACCCACCUCGCGGUGACGCCGGUCGGGAUGCUCAACAUGGCCACGGCAGACGGACUGGCGCGCAUCGCAGCUUGCGGCCACCUCAGGGUGGUGGGUGGCGAGGACGAGCCGUGCAAGGCCAAGUAUCAAGGAAGCGCCCUGCCCCCAGGCGUGAAGCGGAUCGGGUCCGGAGGCAUAGAGAAGUGGGCGCUGCCAUCCACGUCGCCAGGUGCAAAGAAGGGGGGACUGUCGCUGGACGAUACUGGCUUUGUAAGGUUGCCGUGGGAGUGUGAAGGUCAGUCACUAGCCGACGCCAGCUUGAUGGAAUAG